AUGGCAGAAUCCAUAGCGCAGUCAUGGAAGUCCUUCUGGCAUACAAUGACCUCGUAUGACCGCCAUGCCUCGCACGACUCGCCCUACCGCACCGGUCGCCAUAUCCCCCUGCCGCAGAGCCGCCACACCCCCCUCACCUCCAUCGCGACGAGCGGCGUAGAAUCGCGGGUCGAUCUCUCCUCCCCAUACACGCACGACGAGCCCGCAACCAGCAAUGGCUUCAUUGGCUCGCCCAAGGGCCCCAUGUCCCCCAGCUCGCCCUACUCUCCCGGCAUGCGCUCGUCCCUGAGCCGCCAAGCGACCGCCGACUCGGAUACCUUCGACAAGGGCCCCAACGGCGAGAUCCCCAUGCGGGACUUCACCGAGGGCCUUCCGCCAGCACCGCCCGUCUCGCAUUCGUGGAAGCGCAUCGAUCGGUGGGUCGAAGACCACUACGAGGAGCUCUUCGACAACCUUUGCGAAGGCUGCACCUCCAACGACGUCAACGAGCUAGAGCACGAGCUCGAUGCCACCCUCCCCAUGGAUGUCCGCGAAUCACUGCAGAUCCACGACGGCCAGGAGCGCGGGGGUUUGCCCACCGGAAUUGUAUUCGGCUGCAUGUUGCUCGACUGCGAGGAAAUCGUCAUGGAAUGGCAGAACUGGCGGAGGGUCGCCGAAGAGUAUCUGAACCCCAAGCCAGACUACCGCACGCCGCAAAUCCCCGCCAAGGCCUUUGCUGGUGCGUCUACAGCGCCGCCUGUUGCCCAACUCCAGCAGUCGGGCAACCCGCUCUGGCGGCAAGAUUUGCUGGGGCGCCAGGAUUCGCAGCCGCCAAACGCCGUCCAGAAAGCCUACGCUCACCCCGCCUGGAUUCCUCUUGCGCGCGACUGGGGAGGCAACUACCUCGCUACCGAUCUCGCCCCCGGGCCCACGGGAACGUGGGGUCAGAUCAUCAUCUUCGGCCGCGACUAUGACUGCAAAUACGUUGUUGCGCGCUCCUGGGGGGCCCUGCUCGCAAUGGUCGCCGAUGAUCUUGCGUCCGACAAAGUUCAGAUCGACGAGGAUACCGGCGAGCUGAAGCUCAUGGAGUUCAAGAAGCGACAGAAUGUCGAGCCGCCGUACCUGGAGAUCCUCCGCUGGCGCUGCGACCAAAAGUACGGCCGUAAGCCGCCCAAGCGACGGCCAAACAGCGCCCUCCGUGUGAAUCCGAAUGCGACUGGAGCGGCCGGAUCGAGCAGCGCCGGUAGCAGCCCCUACGGCAGCCCGGUCCUCGGCCCUGAGGACCGCGGCCGGAGUCCCCACCGCCUCUCACAGAAGCCCAAAGGCGUGAGCCCGAGAGGUCAUAUUUCGAGCCCGCUGGCGAGAGUAGCGGAGGAGACACCCCAGCCCAUCCGUGUGCUCACCAAUUUCGACGCAAAGGCCGGCGCUCCAUUGGAGAAGUUGAUAAGCGUCGACACACCGCGACCGAGCGACGACUUUCCCGUGAGGCAGAGCUUCGGCAGCGACAAGGAGAACAAAGACAAGGGGAAGGGUAGUUCCUUGAAGAGUCCUGUCACAGAAACGUCAGAGCUCAAGACGGUCCAGAUAUAA